UAAUUCCAAACAACCACAUAUUCGCAUCUCUUAUUAUAUAAUCUCCGACUCUCACCCACAUAUUCUUAGACUCGUUCAUGAGCUUUUUCCGUCGGUGUUCUGUAUACAGUCUUCGCAGAUAGUGUUUUGUAAUGGAUUGCUUGGUCUUGCCUGUGACUAUAUUGAGGCAAUGCUACUCGGGCACCCGAUUGGGCUACCGGCCAUUGAGCCAAGAUGGUUUCGCCGACUCCGGCCGGCUUGUGACCGUCGUGGUUGGCAAGGAGAAGAGGGAGUUCUUGGUGGAUUCGUUCGUGUUGGAGGAAAACCCAUUUCGGGUAUUGAUCGAGAUGAUGAAGAAGGAUGAUCAGGAGGAGAGUUUCGAUGGGGAAAGCAGCAAGAAAGGGGUGAUUUUUGUGGAUGUGGACGCCAUCUUGUUUGAGCACAUGCUUUGGUUGAUGCGUAACGAUUGUUCUUCUCUGUUUCAGCUCAACCUUAAGGAGAUAAUCGACUUCUAUGCUCAAGAUUCUUAGAGAUCCGAUCGAUCAGGGAAACUCUACUGUUUUGAGUUGUUGGUGAUCAACCUGUGUAAAGGAACAGUACUUUAGUUUAUUAUUCCAUCCCAAAUAACUCCAGAUAUCCAUAAAUAUCUAGGAAUACCCUCUCAUCUCUUAUAUAUA